AUGUCUGAACCGGUUAAAUUUGAGAAAGAUACCGUUAUUGUAGUCUUUGGAGCUUCUGGUGAUCUAGCGAAGAAGAAAACGUUUCCAGCUUUGUUUGGUCUAUUCAGAGAGGGUUAUUUGGAUAGUUCGACUAAGAUUUAUGGUUAUGCCCGUUCGGAUUUGUCCCAUGAGGCAUUGAGGGAGAGAAUUGAACCUUAUUUGAAAAGACCAAAUGGUAAUGAGGAUGAUACGAAAGUGGAGGAAUUUUUCAAAAUGAUUACGUACAUCCAUGGUGCUUAUGACACUGCGGAUGGUUAUGUUAAAUUGAGAAAGUCGAUUGAAGAGUUUGAGAGUGAACGUAAGGUUUCUGAACCUCAUCGUUUAUUCUAUUUCGCUUUGCCACCAAGUGUUUUCCUCACCGUAGCUACUCACAUCAAGAACAACCUCUAUGCAAACGAUGGUGUGACUCGUUUGAUUGUUGAGAAACCAUUUGGUCACGACCUGGAGUCUGCCAAGGCUUUGCAAAAGGAUUUGGCUCCUUUGUUCAGAGAGGAUGAGAUUUUCAGAAUUGAUCAUUAUUUGGGUAAAGAAUUGGUUAAAAAUAUUCUGGUGCUAAGAUUCGGUAACACUCUUUUGAACGCUUCUUGGAACAAGGAAAAUUUGCAAAGUAUUCAAAUCUCUUUCAAGGAACCAUUCGGUACUGAAGGUCGUGGUGGUUACUUCGAUAACAUUGGUAUCAUUAGAGACGUCAUGCAGAACCAUCUGCUACAAGUAUUAACUCUAUUGACUAUGGAGAGACCGGUAUCUUUUGAUCCGGAAUCUGUACGUGAUGAAAAGGUCAAGGUCUUGAAAGCUAUGGCCAAGAUCGAUCACAAUGAUGUCUUGUUGGGCCAAUACGGUAAAUCCGAAGAUGGUAGUAAACCCGGUUACAGAGACGAUGAAACUGUUGACAAGAAUUCCAAGUGUGUCACCUUUGCCGCUCUUGCGUUCAAGAUUCAAAAUGAACGUUGGGAUGGUGUUCCUAUCAUUAUGAGAGCAGGUAAGGCUCUAAAUGAAGGUAAGGUUGAAAUCAGAUUACAAUACAAAGCCGUUGCUUCCGGUGUGUUUAAGGAUAUUCCAAAUAACGAAUUGGUUAUUAGAGUUCAACCAGAUGCCGCAGUUUACAUGAAGUUCAACGCUAAGACUCCUGGUCUUUCAAACGCUACACAAGUUACCGAUCUAAAUUUGACAUACUCCAGCAGAUACAAGAACUUCUGGAUUCCAGAGGCUUAUGAAGUCUUGAUCAGGGAUGCUCUACUAGGUGAUCAUUCUAACUUUGUCAGAGACGAUGAAUUGGAGAUCAGUUGGUCUUUAUUCACCCCACUACUGGAAUUUUUGGAGGGCCCAAACGCACCUACUCCUGAAAUUUAUCCAUAUGGCUCAAGAGGACCAAAGGCUUUGAAGGAGUAUCUAGCUAAACACAACUACCAGAUGCAAGACAAGCAUCCUUACACAUGGCCAGUCACCUCUCCAGAGGAGUCGGAGAGUUCUAAAUUGUGA